ACAUUCCUGCCCGGAGCGCGCGGGGUGGCAUCCCGUGCCUGCCCCGUUCCUUCCAUCCAUCCGUCUGUCCGUCCGUCCGUCCGUCUGUCCGUCCCAGGGGAGGAAGGGCAGCUGGAGGGGGGGUCCCGCCUGGAGCAGCCCCUCCUCCCGCCUCAGAAUUCCUGAUUUUCUGCUUUUCCCCAGCCCUUGGAAGUUUCUCCGCCGCGGAUUCCCGGCGCGGGGACCCCGGGACGCUGCUGGGAAACGGGGGAGAAGCCGGGUGAGGGGCUCUCCAGGCUCCACGCUGGCUCCCAGGAAUUCCCAGGAGCUGCUUCCCAAGGGAAAUGUUGUGUGCCCAGAUCCUUGUCCUGGCGCUGGCCACGGGGCCCUUCCGAGCUGGGGCUGCUCAUGAAGCCUGCAGGAUAGCAGAGGUGGCCAAGGUCCUGUUCCUGGUGGGGCACUCGGAGGGAAGCACAGGGAAGGAGAGCUCCCAGCUGCUCCAGGAUUUCAUCAGGAGCGUGGCCAGAUCCUUCGAGAGCACAGAGACGGGAACAGGAGGAGUCCAGCUGGGCCUGGCUCUGUAUGGGGAGACACCAAGGAUGAGCGUGGAGCUCACAGAUUACGUGACCAUCAGAGAAAGGCUGGAUGCAGCUCAGGACCUCUCCUCCAAAGGCAGCAGCCUCCAAACAGGCUCAGCCCUGGCUUUUGCAGCUCAGGCCUUGGCCCACCAGGACACCCUGACAGAGGAGGCAGCAAAGGUGGUGGUUCUGAUCACGGAUGGGAAAUCCAGCGAUUCCAUGGAAGAGGGAGCCGGGAUCCUGCACGACGGGGGGGUGACACUGUUUGCUGUGGGGAUCAAGGAUGCUGACAAGAACGAGUUGGGCAGGAUUGCUUCCGAUCCCGCUGCGGAGCACGUGCUUUACGUGGAGGAUUUCCAGCUGCUCCCAGAUGUGGCUGCCAAACUCUCUCGGAGGCUCUGCUUCACCGCCUCGGAGCCACCACGUCCUGUCAAGCACAGGGUGCAAGCUGAGCAGAUCCUGGGCCCUCGGGAGCUGCGUGUCAGCCAGCACAGCCACAGCUCCCUGAGGCUCUCGUGGGUGCCAGCCACGGGCAGGGUGACAGGGUACCGUGUCCACGUCCACCCCAUGUCACCGGAGCAGCUGGAGCACCAGAGGCAGAUGGAGGUGGACGGGGACACCACCACGGUGCUGGUGACAGGUCUGAAGCCCAGCACCAAAUACGUGCUGACGGUGAGGGCCAGCUACGGAGGGGUCCUUGGGGAGCCAGCAGCCACCAAAGGGAAAACAGCUCCUGUGCCUCCAGUCACCAAUUUCCGUGUGAUAGAAGAAGGACUUUUCAGCCUGAGGGUGGCUUGGACACCUCCCCUGGGCAAGCUGGAGGGCUACAAGAUCUACAUCCCCAGGGCCAACAAGCCUGGGGUGACCCUCGAGGAGAUCCUGCGGGGCGAUGUCUCUUCCCACCUGCUGGAAAACUUGCAGGAGGACAGGGAAUACAGCAUCAGCAUCUACGCCGUGUAUCCUGAGGGCCCGAGCCAGCCCGUGGCUGCUCUGGGCAGGACACUGAAGCUCCUGCCUGUGGAGAACCUUGUGCUGCAGAACGAGACCACAGACACAAUCCAGGCCCGGUGGAGCCCAGUCCGGGGAGCAACGGGAUACAGACUCACCUGGGCAUCAGCAGAGGGCAGCAUCCAGGACGUGACCCUCGGCAGCUCCUACAGCUACUACAUGAUCCAGGGGCUGGAGGCGGGCGUGGAGCACACGGUGACCAUCAACCCCAUCUUUGGGGACAUCGAGGGACCGGUGGUGACUGGCAAAGCCACCACGGUGGCAUCCAGCGCUGUCCAGAUGCUGAAAGUGAGCGAGAUUUCCAUCAACAGCCUCCUGGUGUCCUGGGAUUCAGUCAUGGGAGCCACUGGGUACCGGCUGGCCUGGGGUCCGACGCCAGAGUUCUUUGGCAAGGACCGUCCACGGCACCUGUCCCUGGGCAGGUCGGUGACGUCCACCCAGCAGCUCCGCGGCCUGGCCCCCGACACCGAGUACGUCAUUUCCCUGUCCGUGCUCUUUGGCCCCGGCGAGGGCCCCGGCGUCACCACCUCGGCCAGGACAGCUCCUCUGGGAUCAGUCUCCAACUUCAAGGUGACGUCCCACACCAGCACCAGCCUGUCCUUGGCCUGGAGUGCCACAGCCGCUGCCACCAAAUUCAAACUCAGCUGGAGCCCUGUGGGAGCAGGAAAAGGAAAACAGGUUGCCAGGACCCGGUACCUGGGCAGCAGAGUGUUGGCCCAUCGGAUUGAGCAGCUGGUGCCCAACACCUUGUACAGGGUCGGUGUCCGGGCUGUGUUCAGCAGGACCGAGGGGCCCGAGGUGAUCCUGACUCACCUCACAGCUCCUUCUGGAGAUUCCAGCCCCAUCCCACCCAUCCAGGACCUGAGGGUUACCGACACUGGUGUCAACACUUUGAAGCUGGCUUGGAAAAGGCUUCCUGGGAUAAGUCACUACAAGAUAUCCUGGGAGCCAUCCAAUGGUGACUCGGAAUCCUCCCAGCUGGUCCCAGCAGAGGCCGUUUCCUUCACGAUUCCCAAACUGAGGGACAACAGCACCUACACCAUCUCCGUGUGCGCAGUGGGAAAGGGGCAGGAGGGAAACCCCACGGUCCUCACGGCCAAAACCUUGGAUUUGCCCAAAGUGACGGAAUUCACCGUGCAGGAGGCCGCAGAUUCCAGCGUUUUGUUGUCCUGGAAUUCUGUUCCUGGAGCAUCCCUGUAUUCGCUGACGUGGGGAUUGUCCUCAGCUCCUGCUCUUUCCCAGGAAUUGUUACCAGCAGCUUCCCGAUCCCAUCGGGUGACAGGGCUGAGCUCCAAGGAAAUUUAUUUGUUUUCCAUAAAACCAAGGUUUGGAGACUCGGAGGGACCAGAGACAACGCUCCUUGCACAAACAGCAGGAGCUCCCAGGGAGCCACCAACUGCUCCAGCGGCUCCUGCGCCAUGGGAUACGAGGAAAUCUCCACCUGGAUCUCCCAGCAGCGUGGGGACCUCUCCUCUCCCAGUGCCCACCAGUACAAAACUCCCAGAGCCCCCAGUUUGGACCAGCACGGUGUCGGCACCGCUGACAACCCUGCCUGGGCCAAUUUGUGGGAAGCUCAAGGCAGACGUUGGGUUCCUGGUGGAUGAAUCCUCGAGUAUCGGCCAGAGCAACUUCAACAAAGUGAAGGAUUUCCUCUUCCGGAUCGUCUCCUUUUUCCCCAAAAUUGGGCCUGAAGGGACACAGGUUGCCGUUGCUCAGUACAGCGAGGAGCCCAGGGCAGCUUUUCACUUCAGCCAACACCGCGACCGCAACGGAGCCCUCGGAGCCAUCAGGGGGCUGAGCUACACCGGCGGCAACACCAAAACAGGCCACGCCAUUUCCUACGUGCUGAAGGAAUUAUUCCAGCCCUCCAGAGGGAUGAGACCGGGUUUUCCUCACAUCCUGGUGCUCGUGACCGAUGGACAAUCCCAGGAUGACGUGGUGUCCCCAGCCAGAGCAGCCCAUGCCUUGGGGCUCCAUGUCAUUGCUGUGGGGGUGUCGGGAGCUGACCCCAUGGAGCUCCACAGGAUCUUGCUGCAGCAGAACCCCCAGAACGUUUUCUAUGUCAGCACCUUCGAUGACUUCCCCCAAAUCCUCCAAGAACUCAUAGAAGCCAUUUGUUCCGAUCCUCAGCUUCCAGGGACCCAAAUCCCACUGGGAAAGAUCUCCAGGGGCUCAGCUGCUCACAGGGGUUAUGACCCCCACACUACAAAGGGAGAGAAAGGGGAGCGGGGUCUCCCUGGGAAGGACGGCAUUCCUGGGCUGCCGGGCAGGCCGGGCCGGCCGGGCCCUCCAGGCCCCCCUGGAAUCAUGGGGCUCCCUGGCAGCCAAGGUGACGUUGGAUCUCCGGGCUAUCCAGGACCCGCGGGGCCGAAAGGAGACAGAGGAGAGCCAGGCUAUGUCCUGGGAGGAGUGGAGGUGAUUCCCGGUCGGAAUGGGCAGCCUGGCCCCCCUGGACAGAAGGGGCAGCCGGGGGUUCCUGGGGUUCCAGGACCACCAGGUUCUCCAGGGCCACCAGGAAUCUCCGUCAAGGGUGAACCAGGGGAUUCAGGAAUCAGGGGUCCCCGCGGCAGGAGUGGCCUCAAAGGGGACAGAGGAGACACGGGAGAGCCGGGAAAACCUGGUUUGCCAGGGCUCCAUGGGGCUCCCGGACUGCCCGGACCACAGGGAGAAAAGGGGAUGGCAGGAAUUGGCAUUCCUGGCGCUGCUGGCGCGAAGGGGGAAGAAGGAGAGCAGGGGAUGAUGGGACCUCCAGGAGCACCAGGACCAAAGGGAAUUCCAGGACCUCCAGGGCAGAAGGGAGACCAAAUUUCAGGACCUCCAGGCACGAAAGGUGUCAGGGGAGAUCCCGGACCAGCCGGACCACGAGGAGACAAAGGAAUCCCAGGAGAAAAAGGGGACAAGGGAAGUCCAGGAUUUGGAAUUCCUGGCCAGCCUGGGCUGAAGGGAGACGUCGGUGACCGGGGAAACGUGGGAUUGUCUGGGAAGCCAGGUCAGAAGGGGGAGAGAGGUGAACCAGGAUUCCCUGGAAAACCAGGAGAGGCCGGGCUGAGAGGAAAAGACGGAGAAGCUGGAGUUCCUGGAGAGCCAGGAUUGAGAGGACUCAGGGGUCCUCCUGGACUCCCAGGACAAGCUGGAGAGCAAGGAAUGAAAGGAGAUCCAGGAGAACCUGGAAAGGAUGGAGAUCCAGGGAAGGACGGCCUGAGAGGUGAAAGAGGCCCCCCAGGCCCAAAGGGAGAACCUGGCCCACCAGGAAGAGGAGUGGAAAUGAAGGACCUGGAGAGGCUUUUUGAAGCGUACGGCAUCAAGGUAGGAGAUCCUUUGUCCUCCCUCCUGACCAGGGGAUGUGAUUUGGCUUUUCCAUCUCUUCCCUCUGGAGGUGGCAUUUGCUACCCCAGCCAUCCCAGGAAGGUUCAUUCCAUUUCCUUUUCCAGGUUGGAUUUAGGUAUUUCUGGGACAGAUUUUUUGCUGCCAUUUCGUGGGGUGGGUGGUGGCUUUGAGGCCCCUGUGACAGCGACUCCUCUUAAAGUCCUGAAAGGCUACAAAAGAUCCGGGGCUGUCACUGUCACACCAAUCCCUGUGGUGUGGCAGGAUCCGGGGCUGUCACUGUCACACCAAUCCCUUGGUUUGAUGAGGCAGGAUCCGCUGGUGUCCCACACUUCCCACCAUGUCCCGGCCAGCAUGGAGGUGACAGGAGAGGGACAGAGCCUGGAGCUGGAGACCCUGGAGGUGCCGCUGUCUGGAGGAAUCUCUGAGAGCUUGGCUGUGCCCCCACCACGUCCAGGAGACCUGCAGGAAAACCAUUCCCUGGAUCUCCUGCAGCCCUUGGAGCAGAGGCUGGAAGGACAAGCCCAGCAGGACACCAGCCAGGAAAACGGGAAUUCCGACGAUGGCUCCGGGAUCCCGAGGCACAGAUCCAGGAGAUCUCACCCCGCAAGGAUCCCAUUCCAGAGCCAUCCCUGUGAUCCAGGAGGAAGCAGGGCCCCUUCCCUGGGGGCUCCACCACCAGCUCCUCCCGGUGCUCCAGGAGCUCGGAAAUUCCCGUUGGGAUCCACGGCAUAUCCAGGCCCUCAUCAUCCAAGGAGAAUUAAGAAGGAGGGAAGUGGCCCAGCAGAUGCCUCCUCCCCUGGCCCAAAGGGAGAAAUGGGAGCUCCUGGAGCCCGUGGAGAAAAAGGAGAAAAGGGACAGCCUGGGGACGUGGGAGACCCUGGAGAGAAGGGCGCCAAAGGAGACCGAGGGGAAGAAGGUCAGAAGGGAGAACCAGGAAUUGGGUUCAGAGGUCCCAUGGGCCAGGCUGGAGCACCUGGAUUUAAGGGCGAGCCAGGGGCCCCAGGACCUCCAGGAGCUCAGGGCAUCCAAGGAAUCCGCGGCAACGCCGGCACUCCCGGAUCCCAGGGGGACAGAGGGGCUCCAGGCGUGCCCGGAAUUCCAGGACAGAAGGGGGAGCGCGGGAGGAGAGGCCGGAGUGGAUCUCCUGGGCCCGUGGGACCAUCAGGAUCCCCGGGAAAAGAGGGAAUUCCUGGGACACCUGGACCCAAAGGCAACAAGGGAGAAGCCGGCAUUGGAGACACUGGCCUGAGAGGUCCCCGUGGAUUCCCUGGCCCGCGGGGUGACGAGGGCAUCGUGGGAAUGCGGGGUCCCCCUGGAAUGAUGGGUCCAAAAGGCUUCCCAGGCGUGAAAGGCCAAAGAGGCGAGCGGGGAUUUCUGGGACCAAAGGGAGAACGAGGUGAAUCCACGACAAUUUUUGGACCCCAGGGCUACAAAGGCGCCAAAGGAGAUCCCGGUGAGCAGGGACUGCCGGGUUUUGAUGGAGACAAAGGCGAGAAGGGAGAGGACGGACCCGUAGGAGAAAAGGGAAUCAAAGGAGAAGCUGGAUCCAAGGGAAUGAUGGGACUUUUUGGGAGCAGAGGACCCGUGGGACAGAAGGGGGAGCCAGGAGAACCGAGCUCGCCGGGAUCUUCCGGUGCAGCAGGACUGGAUGGGAAGAACGGGAUCAAGGGAGCCAAAGGGGACAGAGGCCUCCAGGGACAGAAGGGGAAGCCGGGAGGGAAAGGUGACCCUGGGACCACUGGUGACACCGGGCAGAAAGGGACAAAGGGCUUGCGGGGGAUUCCAGGCCGGACCGGUGCUCCCGGAGCCAAAGGUGCCAAGGGAGAGGUUGGCAGUCCUGGAAAACUGGGAAUUCCAGGAUUGAAUGGACAGCCUGGAGCAAAGGGCGAGCCAGGAGCCUCGGGGAGCGACGGCGCCUCGGGAAUUCCUGGGGAGAAAGGAGAAAAGGGAGCCAAGGGAGUUCCUGGAUUGGGAGGAUUCAAGGGACAAGCGGGAUGGCCUGGGAAGCCUGGAGGGGCUGGAGCAGCUGGACCUCGAGGGCCACAGGGAGAGCCAGGCCCACAGGGUCCGCCAGGGAAAAGAGGGAGAUCCCAGCUCUGCCUCCAGGGGCCCCCGGGCAUGGAUGGGCCAAAAGGAGAAGUGGGGGAAGAUGGUCCUGCCGGGCAGAAAGGAGCCAAGGGAGAGCCGGGCCUUUCUGAGGAAGAGGUGAAGGAAGUGCUGAGGAGCGAAAUGAGAGGGAUUUGUGGUUGUGGAGGUGAGUUGGGAAGGAUGUCCGUGGAAAAGGGUCUGGAGGUGGCUGAAGUCCACAGGCGGCUCCAAGGGUAUUCCCAGGCUCAGGAAUACACUGGGAAUGGUGGAAAUUGGGAGGAAAAGCUUGGCGCAACUCAUGGCAAGACCACGGUGGAGACUGCAGUGAAGCCCUUCAUGGAGCCACCUCCACUCCUUGCAGCCCCGGCGCGGCAGACGGCGGGAGCCUCGCAGGGAGAAGCCGACAGCCAAUUACCAGCCCGGUGCCUGCAGCCCAUGGAUGAGGGCUCCUGCCAGCACCAUUCCCUGCUCUGGUACUUCCACAUCCCCACCAGCUCCUGCCGGCCCUUCCUGUUCGGGGGCUGCCGAGGGAACAGCAACCGCUUCCCAUCCCGGCGGGAAUGCCAGCGCCGCUGCCAGAGCCCCCCAGCAGGCAGAGGGAGAUGAGCAGCUCCAAGUGCUUCAUUUAAAUCCAACGGGAUUGGCAGGAGUGACUCCGACACCUCCGGGAUGGACAAGGAAAACAAACAAACAAACACCAAAACAUUGGAAAAAAAGACGUCGGAAAACUGGAAUUAUGGGCGUUUUGGGAUGAGGAGAGGGAAACCUCCGGAUGCUCAGAAAAAGGAGGAUGGGAAGGGCAGAAUUCCUGAGCCAAACCAGCUGGCACAAAUUCCCGAGUUUUAUUUUUGUAAAAUAAAGGUGUCUCAGUGCUGUGGAA